UCAGAGGAAGAAGCCGCAUAAUUUCACAUCAAGUUGGAUGCACUUUUUCUUUUCUCUUCGUAAGAUGUGUUUAUAGAGAGGAAUACUUAAGCUUUCAUCGAUGACGGACACAAAACAUAGCCGUGGACAUUCUAGGAAGUUAAAAGUCGGAGUUGGCGGAAAGCCAGUGCAAAGCUGGCAAAAUGAAGUCGAAAUGCAACCUACUAGUUCCUUGGGAAGGGCAACAGCUGCCCAGAAUACAGAUUCGUUGCAAGAAAAUGGUCCGAGUCGCCAUCCCGUCGCUCAGGGAACGCAACAAGCGUUUCCUGCCACUAUCCCGCGCGGAAAAAAAGAAGCAACCACAUUCCCAGCAUUUCACUCAAAGAACGCUCCGGUCAAAGUAUCCGUAACUGGAGAAUGGGCUCUGAAGGAAUGCGAGGAACACACAUUCUGGGCUAACAAUUUGUUGAAGAGAGGAAAGAGGAGACUUAUUUCCGACAUCCGUCGUUCGAUUGGCGAUGGCCAAACUUUGGUUUAUGUUUUGGAAACCUUAGCUGGUCAGAAGAUCCCAGGGGUUUAUGCUCGUCCAGUGACCAGGGCACAAAAACUGGAAAAUCUACAGCUAUGCAUGAGUUUCAUGGGAAACAGGAAUAUAAACUUACAGGGAAUCUAUGUUGGAGAUCUUAUUGAUGGUAAUGUGAAAUCUGUGCUGAAUCUCUGUAGAAAUAUCAAAGCACAGUUUGAGGGAGGAUGGGUGUCUCCUGAUGGGCCGCGCCCUGGCUCUUCUGGAUCCACCAAGGAGGAAGAUUUCCGACUGAUGAAUGGCACAGCACCUCAACAUACUUUGACAAAUGGUUAUGAUGUGGAUCCUCGACUGCAUGGGAACAGUUCUGGAUACCACUCAGAUGAUGCAUCUCCCAUAAAGAAGAGCGAGGGAGCCCCGUUCCAAGAGUUCCGCAUGCCAGGAAUGCUUGACAGUCAUGACGAUCAUUCCAGGAAAAUUGUGCAACCCUCUGAUGUUGUUAUAAUGAGCCGAACAGAAUUGAACAAAAGAGGAGUCUUACAGACUAGUGAGAAUCCACAAAUUCGCACAAACGGAACCAUUUCAUUGGAAGAAAGACUGAAGACAUUGUUGAGCUCUCCAAAUCCUGGAGGACAGGCUGGAGAGGAAACUGAGGAAGAGCUUAUAAUUCCACCGCCACCAAAGGGAAAUCAUUUUGAUGAUGAUGAUGAUGAUGAUGAUGGUGAUGUUGAGAGAAGACUGCAGUCGUUGCUGGAUGUCGCCGAGGAAGACAAACCUGAUAUGGAGAUGAAAACAAAGGACUUUAGUGGCUUGAAGGAACUUGACAGGAUUGGUUAUGUGCCAAGUCACCCAUCACAGAAGACAAGAAAUGUUCAGAGAGGGCGAAGUCAAGCAAGGACUAGCAGUUUCACAGGCAGCGGUAAACCUGCAAGAGGAGCAAAAUUACCAGCAGCACCACUGAAAAGACAGACAAGGCUCGAGUCCGAUUCGCCGGUUCAAUCGCCAAGAUUUCACCGAAAAUUGGCAACUGCUGUAGGAUUACCAACUAGAGCAACAGUUGUUCCAUCCGAAGUACAGGCCUCGCGGCCACAAACGCAAAGAGCAAAGGAGAGGUCCGGUGGCGAGAACAGCGCGUACAGUGAAAGUGGCCAUGCUAAGAGGCUUGUUAAGGGUGAAGGCACACCACCAAAGAAUUUCCAAAGAACAAAUUCACGGUCAAGCUUUUUGAAACAGGUCGCUGAAAAGCUGGCGGAUAGAUCGACGACGCCAACUGUUUCUGGAUCAGAGUCUGUGUCUCCAGCAGAGACACCAAUGCUGCCUACUCUUUCACCCGCAUCUUCAGUGGCUACGUUUGUGUUUGUUAGUGAAUCAGACUCAUCUGGUUUAAGUUCUGAUGAAGAAGAAGAAGAUCGUCGUUGGCGGAGACGUCCAUCCGUUUCUUCAAAUAGAAGCAGAGGUGGGAGAGACAAAAGAAACUCGUUGGCGUCAGGGAAAGCAAAGAGUACUCCAGAUUUGCAAGAAAUUCGUACACAGCUGGAAUUCUUAGAGGAGAUGUACAGUGAGAUCUUGAAUAGCAAGGAUGUUGAAUCCAAGGAUUCUAAAAAGUCCAGCAAUAAAUUCAGCCAAAGAGCAGCUGCAAUGCAGGCUAGCUUGACAAGUUAUAAAAAACAGAGGAACAAAGACAUCAAGGCAGUAAACAAGCGAUUUGGUCGCCUAGAAUCUCACGUAGUCACUCUCGCCAGAAGUGUAGCUCAUUUGUCAUCAGAGUUACGUUCACAAGCUUCGCUCAGUCAGGAUGUGGACGACAUGAGACGACAAGUACAAGACCAACAGCUCAAAACUAAAGAGGAGGGUGACCCGGCCAAGGAAAGCGCCCAGCUGCAGUCAAGAGUGAAAAAACUUAAAAGCUUUUUCGGUGAGGAUCCUCCACUUCUCGCACUCUUUCUGAAGAAGCUCGGAUAUGAGAGAUUUGUAGACAACUUUGAAGCCGAACAAGUUGGCAUUCUGGAGGUGGCCUACAUGACUGAAGAACGAUUACAAGGCCUCGGAAUUCCACUGGGUCCGAGGUUGAGAAUUAUGGAAGAAGUUAAGAAAUUUGCCUUGGAACACACAAAGAAAGUCCGCUAAACUUUGUAACAUGUAUUUUAAUUUAUAUACGUGGUUUUCUUUGCCCCUUUUUGAAAAUUAUUUAUGAUACGGAAGAGAGAGGGUCGAACAAAAAAGAAUAUGCGCAACCAGGUUGCCAAGUUAGCAUUCUUCUUGGCAUGCUUCACCGGUCACGCAAUCGUCCCAAAAGUUGAGUUUGAGAUCUUCGACUAAACUCAUUUUCAGUUGCACAACGACAGUUGUGAUAGCAAUCUUAGCUGGCGUGUAGGCCCUCAUCAGUGCUGCAGGACGUGCGUUUCUUCGCCAGGCGGGAAGAUUUAAGAGACG